AUUUUAUCCGUCUUUCGGUAAAUAAUCGUAUUUCGGUAAGUCUAGGGACCCAAGAUGGCCGCGCCCAGGGAAAUGAUGUCCUUGUACAGAAAUAUACUGAGAGAACUUCGAUUAGCUUAUCCAAACGGCAAGUACAAGGAAGCACCAGCCUAUCGCUAUGUGAAAAAGCAGUUUCGGGACAACAAGCGAACAAGUGAACAACUGUGCCGUAGUCCUAUAGAAAUGGCUCACUAUGCAAGGACAUACCUCUGUUACAUGCAGAGUGUGGAGAAACACAGGGAGCUUCACGAUCAUUACAAGGGAGGUGGUGAACGGACUGUGGAAUCAACAGCUAACUUAGUGGGACUUGGCCUACCAAAAACUAACCACUGAAAAAUGAACAGCGACAUUAUUUCUACAGUUACAAGUGCUUGAAAACCUUCUGUUGGUCUGGAGCUGUAGCUACUUACAGUUACUGUGGAUAAAUAGACCUGACUAUUAAUAACCAUAGUCGUUCAUAAGUGCAAGGUCAUAAUUAAGCACCAAAUCUCUUGAUUAUGCCUUCAACCUACUAGCCAAAUAGAAGUGACAACAUGUGUAUUUAUGUGAUAGGCUAACAUUUUUAUUUUGUAAAUAGCUAACCAUUGAUUGUUUUGUUGCAAGUAUGUCAGAAAUACAAUUUAAAAUGUUGCCCUUUAAAGGCAAAAAUCCCAAUUCAA